AUGGCGUCGUCGGCGCGGCGGAGGCACGCGGGGUGCGCGGGGGAGUGGGCGGCGGUGUCCGGCGCGGGCGCGUGGCGCGUCGAGGCGGCCGGCAAGCACCAGCUGAUGCGGCGGACGGGGCUCCCCGCGCGCGACCUCCGCGCGCUGGACCCGGCGCUGUCCUACCCGUCCAGCAUCAUGGGCCGGGACCGCGCCGUCGUCGUCAACCUGGAGCGCGUCCGCGCCGUCAUCACCGCCGCCGAGGUGCUCGUCCCGGCGCCGCGCGACCCCGCCGUCGCGCCGCUCGUCCGCGAGCUCCGCGCGCGCCUCGCCGCCUCACCCGCGCCGCCGCAGGAGGACGGAGCGGCAGAGGACGGGGGUGAGUUGCCGCCGAGACGCGGCGGGGGAGGCGGUGGCGACGGCAACGGCAAGGACGGGCAGGCGUUGGGAAGCGACAAGGUCCUGCCGUUCGAGUUCAGGGCGCUUGAGGUGUGCCUCGAGUUCGCGUGCAAGUCGCUUGAACAAGAGACUUGCACAUUGGAGAAGGAGGCGUACCCGGCUUUAGACGAGCUCAGCUCCAAUGUCAGCACUCUCAACCUUGAGCGCGUGAGGCAAAUAAAGAGCCGAUUGGUUGUUAUUUCAGGGAGAGUUCAGAAGGUCAGGGAUGAACUAGAACACUUGCUAGACGACGACAUUGACAUGGCCGCCAUGCACCUGUCCGAGAAGCUCGCCUACCAAGCCGCUGAUAGCCAGUCAUCGAGAUUCGCCGCCGACAACGAACCGAGCGAAUUCGAUGAAGAGAGGGACGGAGAAGUCGAGGAAGAGGGAGGAUCAUCCGAGGGCGGCGGCUACGGCAACGGGACCUCCGCCGCCGCCGGCUUCACGCCCAAGAUCGACGAGCUGGAGAUCCUCCUGGAGUCCUACUUCGUGCAGACCGAUGGCACCCUCAACAAGCUCAACACCCUGCGCGAGUACGUGGACGACACGGAGGACUACAUCAACAUCAUGCUGGACGAGAAGCAGAACCAGCUGCUACAGAUGGGGAUCAUGCUGUCGACAGGCACGCUGGUGGUCAGCGCCGCCAUCGCCGUCACCGGCGUCUUCGGCAUGAACAUCACCAUCCCGCUCUACGAUAAGGGCGUCGGGGCCUUCUGGCAGGUCACCGGCGGCAUCGUCGGCGCCACCGCCGCCAUCUACCUCGUCGCGCUGCUCUGCUACAGGAGGAGCGGCAUACUGCAGUGACACCGGAGUGUGGACCCGGCUUGGACGUUAGUAUAUGACACAAGAAGAUACACGUCAUCUUCCGGUGUCAAAUAACAAAUUUUCUCUUCUUGCUAACCUUCAUGAUGACGCUGUUACAUCAAUCUUAAGUUAAAUUAU